CGAACAGGUCAGACACUUUUUUCUGACAAUAACACAUUAUCAGUUAUCCAGUCUGUUAUUUAUUUUGUUUUGGGAUUUCCACAAAGACACGGUCAGUUCGUAGCUGGGUAAAAUCGAAGAGACAACAUGGCCACAAAGAAAUCACCUCGCCAGACUAAGUCGGGUUUCGUAGAUAGCUGGCAGAGAGGGAAGUCUGUCAUCGAAUGCCUGAAACAUUCACUUCUACAAAAGAUACACGUUGACGUCACUUUCAGCGUGGGGCAGACACGAAAGAGCGUGAAGGCGCACAAACUCAUACUGAGUCUGCGCAGCUGCGUGUUUGACGCAAUGCUGCAAGGACCAAUGGCUAACCAAGAUAACAUCGCCAUACCCGAUGUGGAAGCUGAGAUAUUUGAAGAGUUUCUAAACUAUCUGUAUACAGAUGACGUCAUGAUCAGUGGCGACAAUGUAAUCGGCUUGCUGUAUGUAUCCAAGAAGUAUGACGUCAGUACCCUGGAGCAGCUGUGUCUGACGUAUUUGUCGUCAUCGAUGACGUCAGACAACGCUUGCUCCGUAAUGGAGCAAGCCCAUCUUUAUGACGAAAUUCAGCUGAUGGAGAAAGCCUACAGUUAUAUUUUAUCAAAUGGUGAUGCCGCUCUGAAGUCAGCUGGAGUUACCUCUCUUUGCCACGGAUGCUUGGUUAAGAUCGUAAAAGCGGACAAACUGAAGGUAGAUGAAAAAUCCGUCUUUGAAGCUGCUGUGGUCUGGAGUGAGAGCGCGUGCAGGAAACAAAACACACAUUUGAGUCCGGAAACCAGACGAGAAGUACUUGGAGAAGUCAUAACGGACGUGCGCUAUCCAUUACUGGAACAGAAAUAUUUCGUAAAGAACGUCGUACCUACUGAAUUACUGACAGAUUCUGAAGAAAAAAAGAUUUUAAUGUAUUGGGUGUGUCCAGAUGUACAUGUUUCCCCGUUUAAUGCCAACAAGCGGACUGGUGUGAUACAGAGAGAACAGACAACCACAGAGAUUCACACACAACCUCUAACAAUACAAAGAUUAUAUGAGUGCGGGUGGACCUGGUCGUGUCAAGGUUGUUAUGACGACGCAAUCAUGUUCUGUGUAAACCAAAACGCGUCACUGCGAGGAUUUCAGCUGUAUGAUGCCUGGAACGAUCCUACUCCAAACUAUGACGUCACAGCCUUCCUAACCAACGCGACAACAGAUGAACUAAUCGAAGGGUCAUCAGUAACAAAGACACUCGUAGCUGUGACGUCAGAAUAUUAUAACGUAGAGUUUGCUCGUCCCAUACAGCUGAUCAAAGAUGAGAAAUACAAUCUGGUUGUUAACAUUAAGGGACCUGACCCAUGCUGUGGGAUGUCACGCGGAUCUACAGUACAACACGGCUCCUUUGUGUGCUCGUUUUUUAACCCACACAAAUCUAAACACAGUCAGAGAGAACUCAGCGAUACAGAUGUUAAACAAGGACAAAUUCCAGGUUUAUUAUUUCUGAUAUGAAAACCCGAGAUUACUCUCGUCAUAAUAUUUACACCAGCUACAUUUUUAAGAAAUGUUCAUUUUGUUUGUAUCACAAAUUCUAGCAUGUCACGUGAGAAAGUUAUACUUGAUGUGACAUAUAUAACAAUGUUUGGUUUUCACACUAAAUGAUCAGAUGAUGUGACUGUUCAAAAUACAAUAUUAAUCAGUUUGUGACAAAGCAUCUUCAUUACACA